UUCAUAGGUGGGACCGGCUAAGUACUCCCCGGCUCCGUCAGGCGGGGCGGAACCUGAAAGAUCCUCACCUGAGGAGAAGCGCCCGAGUGCGGGAUGGCAAGGAGCAGAGUCUGGGCACGUGGCCUCUAAGCCAGGUCUGCUCUGGGAAGAGCAGCUGGUUGUCCCUCCCAGGCCCUGCCUUCCCCAGGCUGCCCAGGCCCCACUGACAAUGGGCGAGAAAAAGGAGGAGGAGGACGACGACGACGAAGCCUGGCUGCAGCUUCGGCCUGUGGAGCCCUUGCCCUCCCAGUGUUGUGGCAGUGGCUGCUCACCCUGUGUGUUCGAUCUCUAUCAGCGAGACCUGGCAAGGUGGGAGGCAGCCCGAGCGAGCAAGGACAGGAGCCUGCUGAGUGCAGUGGAGCUACAGAGCUGCCACUCCAGCCUGAGCCCAGAGACCUUCCUGGCCUUCAGCAUCAGCGCUGUGGACAAAGUCACCAAGGAUACAUACCACGUCCGAUUUGCAUUGCCUGGGAACAGCCAGCUUGGGCUGCGGCCUGGCCAGCACCUCAUCCUACGGGGUACAGUGGGUGGCUUAGAAAUUCAGAGAGCUUAUACGCCCAUUAGCCCUGCCAACGCAAAAGGGUACUUUGAAGUUUUAAUUAAGUGCUACCAGACUGGGCUGAUGUCCCAGUAUGUCGGAUCCUGGAGAGCAGGAGACACAGUUUUCUGGAGAGGACCUUUUGGAAGCUUCUUCUAUAAACCAAACCAGUAUGGUGAGCUCCUCAUGCUGGCUGCAGGCACAGGCCUGGCCCCCAUGGUACCCAUCCUGCAGAGCAUCACAGACAACGCAGACGACGAGACCUUCGUCACACUGGUUGGCUGCUUCAAGACCUUUGAGGGCAUCUACCUGAAAACCUUCCUCCAGGACCAGGCCCGCUUCUGGAAUGUCCGCACCUUCUUUGUACUCAGCCAGGAGAACUCCCUGGAGCAGCUCCCCUGGAGUUACCGGGACAAGACACGCCUUGGCCACCUGGCCCAGGACCUGAUGAAAGAGUUGGUCGGCUCCUGCCGCAGGAAGCCCUUUGCAUUGGUCUGUGGCUCGGCCGAGUUCACUAAAGACAUGGCCAGGUGCUUGUUGUGUGCGGGCCUGGCCGAGGACUCCUACUUCCUCUUCUAGCCCUGGCUUCCCUCCCAGGUCCCUGCUACAGGGACCCAGGAGGCAUCAUGCCUGGAAUCAGAUGUGGAGCCCAAGCCUGGGCCUGCCACUGACUAGCCAGGUGACCUUGGGCAAGUGUCUUUACCUCUCUAAACCUCCAUUUCUCAUCUACCUCGAGAGGUUACUUGUGGAGAGAGGACAAGGGGCCAUAAGCUCUAAGGAGAGUUAACCAGCCUGGGAGUCAGGGAGGACUUCUCAGAGGAAGCAACAUCCAAGCUGAGCCCCAAGGAUGGUAGGAGUUGGGCAGGAGAAGAGGGUGGGUGGGGCUUCCUGGGUCCCUCAGGCAAGGGGCUGGUUAGGUGUUCCCAUGGGACCUGCCAUGUAAUUAUUGCCCCUGGAGACUGUCCCUGGCGUAGCCUCGGUGUUGGCGCAGACUAGGUGCCAGUAAGUAGGGAAUGGCCGUAGCAGAGGCUAAGAGCUCUUUGGAGGAGGAACUUGCCAUAUGUACCGCCAGUGCCAUGAGCCCAACACCCUGUGAAGUCUUGGCUUCUGUGUCCUGACCACAUUCUCAGGGUUAGGUGGGGCCCUGGGUUACCUGUUUUAUAUUGGCCCCAAGCCUUUCCUGCUGCAAAUGGCUUUGCUCUGAGUCCCUUCCCUGGCUCCUGAGCCCAGCCCACAGCACUUUCCCCAGCAAAAGAAGAGGCACAGGAGGAAAACACCACUCCCACCUCCUGCAGGCAGCCAGCUCCGCCCGCACCUUCAGCUCCUGCGCCCUGGCGACAGUUGCUAUGGAGAUCUAAAGAUAGAGCAGGAAUCAGGAGACCUGGGUCCUUCUCCCUGCUCUGCCCACUCACUGAGUAGCAGCUGAUUCUGGUCCACCCACCCCUCCCCACCACACCCAUUCCAUCCUGCAUGGGGUGUGCCCUCCCCAGGAAACCAGGUGCUUCUGGGCAGCACACUGCGGUUAAUGAAUUCUGCUUUUCCCAGCCUGGGCUCCAGUGUGCUGCACCAGCCAGGCUGGCUACUCGUAACCCCACAAUCGGAGAUUAGUAAGCCCUGGAAUCUUAGAACCAGGGAACCAUGGAAUCCUGGAGUUUGGAUUUGACAGCCAUAGAAUCAGUCUUCAUCAGAUUAAAGCUUGAAAGUUCAGAAUUCCAAAAAUCGUGCGGUCUAACAGACUCUGUAUAAAACUUAGGGCCAGUAAGUAUAAAUGACUUGUCCAGAGUAAAGCAGUUAAUGGCAGAGCCAGCGCUAGAGGGCAGGUCUCCUCUCAACACCGUGCUUAUACCUCUGCACUGGUUGUGUUCACACUGGGCUCCUCAGGCCACGAGGGUUCCUCAGGUGGUGGCAGUGGCAGGAUGGCCAAGUGGAAUCUCCAGGCCUCCUUUAACCAAGCAGUUCUACUUUCGUUCCAUUUGUAUAUUGGACCAUGAAGUAAUUUUUUUAAAAAAAGGGGAUGGGGGGAGGUGGCUUCUUUCCCUGCCCAAAAACUUGCAGAAAAUCUCUGCUGUGUCUUGUUCAGUAAAUACUCAUGAUAGUAGUUUGGGACGGUGCAGAAGUUUUCAGACUCUUUCACAGGGAGGACUCCAUUGUCAAAUCAGUUUGGGGGAAUGCCGCAUGGGACCUCCGAGAAUCACAGUGCACAUUAGCGUAUUUAAAAUAAAAACAACAGUUGCUAUUGAGUGGUUUCUGAUUCAUGGUGACCCCAUGUGUGCAGAGUAGAACAGCAUGUUUUCAAGGCUGUGACCUUUCUGAAGUAGAUUGCCAGGCCUUUCUUCUGAGGCACCUCUGGGUGAGUUUGAACCACCAACUUUUGAAUUAGUAGUCUAGUGCUUAACCAUUUGCACCACCCAGGGACUUACUAGCAUAUUAAGACUCUGAAAAGACCAACAGUAAAGAACCUCUUUCACUUUGUUUAACCCAGAGUUUCUCAAGCCUAUUUCACCGCAGAACACUUUAUGUUCCAGAAUCUUUUGAGACCAGCAUGCCAUGGGAUACAUAUUGGGGAAACGCUGGUCUGUUUCAUAGCUUGUCAGCACAAGGUGGUGUAAAUGGGAAAGGCCCGAGCAGGAACUGUGUCUGUUACUUCCUAGCCCUGUGACUUGGAUGAAACAUUUUCCCUCUCUCAGGACCUCCGAAAUCUGGGAGUGUCCCUCUGCGAGGUCUUCUCCCUCAGUGAGCAGGUCCUAUUGGCUCUACAUCACAAAUGCUCCUGAGUGCCUGUGAUGAGCCAGGCUGCUCUAGGCACCAAGGAAACAGCAGUGAACAGGCAGGGACAGCUGUUUCCAUCGAGAAGCUUGCAGCCUAUUGAGGAAGGCAGAAAUUACACUUGUAAUUCUGAAAGGGGUGUGUGCUACAGAAAGGGAAGUAGGGAGUGCGAGGAGAGCGGGUGGCAAAGAGUUAGUCUGGCCUGGGGAGGGUCAGGGAAACACCAUCGCCACUGAGGUUGGAAACUUCAAAGGCAAUACUCCUGCUCAUAAGUAGGGGUAUUAAGGGUGUUUUUUCCACUUAAGGGGUAGAGGGCUUGGGGCAAUCCUCAUAUGUCUAUCCUUGUUCCAGCCCUCUGCUGUUUAGAUAUUAGAGCCACCCAGUGACAGCCCGCAGCCCCUAUUGCCUUGAAUAAGUUGCCCUCCCGUUCCCCUCCCUCCAUAUUGGAUCUGUGCAGUAUGGAUAGUGGUGGAAUCUCUCAGCCUUGACCAUUGGUGAGGAUCCAGCUGUGCCCUUGAUUCCAAGAUGCUAAAAGGGCUCCUAAUCUGUCCAGAAGCAUGAGCACUCAUGGCCGGGUGCUGUGCCUCACAAGAUGAUAAGAGAGUCCAAGAAGAAGAGAAGAGGACCGGUUGACGUGUGAGGACGAAACUCCUUGAAUUGGGGAUGAGGUUCCCGUUGGCAGGCCCAUUCCUGCCAUCUCCUGCCAAUGCCGUAGCCGCAUGCUGUGGAACGUGUGCUCUUGGGGCCAUGGCCACUGUAGAAAUGCCAUGGGAGAAGAUAGGAGAUUCAGGCUCAAUGGAUCUUUGAGUUAGACAUGACAUGCAUGGGGUUUGGCCUGCUCCAGGGAUGCCAAAGGCAUCAGAAGUCAAUAGAGUGCCUAAGAUUCUGUGAGCCAGACAAUCUCUGUCUUUCCUGCAUGAGUCUGGAGCUUCAGAAAGGCAACAGCUACCAAGGGGGCAGGGACAGAUUCUUGGUAGCAAAAACAACUACUGCUUUAGUUCAGCCCUGAUUGUGUUUUGCCUGCAGCACUUCAGCAUUCCCCCUAAUUGGUCUCCCAGCCUCCAGAUUCUCCCUCCAAGCCCCCCUCCACACUGCAGCCACACUGAUUAGUUCACAACUCCGAGCCUGCCACUCCCCUGCUUAAAACCUUUUAAUGGCUCCCUGUUUCCUUUAGGGUAUGGCAUAAAUGCCUUAGCCUGGCGUCUCAGCUCUGCUUACCUCCGUGGUCUCUUGCAUCAGUUCCUUCACAUUUGCUACUCCCUCUGCCUGGGCCCUCCUUCCACUUUCCUCUCUUCCACUUGGCUUUCUUUGCCUCCUUAUCCUUUGAGGACUUAUCUCAGGGGCUACUUCUGGGAAGCCUUGCCUGCCUUUUCCAGUCGAGACUAGAUUAGGGGCCUCCUUAGUGAGCAAGGGUUAGUGAGCAAAGAUUCCUGUGUGUUCUUCUGUUGCCACACCCAUUGGGCUAUCUUCAUUUGCAUGUGAGCACAGCAAGGGCCUGUGCCAGAGCCUCUUCAUUGUAUCCUGAACGUGGGUGGUUCUCAGUCCUUCCUACUUGGUUAAGCCCUCUGCUGCUAACCGAAAGGUUGGUGGUUCAAACCCACCCAGCUGCUCUGUGGGAGAAAGACCUGGCAAUCUGCUCCCAUAAAGAUUACAGCCAGGAAAACCCUAUGGAGCAGUUCUACUCUUUCGCCGUGAAUUGAAAUUGACUUGACGUUACCCAACGACAGUAUUCAGGGAGCACUUUACAGGUUGUACGAUGCUUUUCAUCUGUUUUGAAACCUGUAAUCUUCACCAAAGUGCAUGCUAUCUUAUUAUCGCAAUUUAUCGACAAGGAAACUAAGCUUCCGAGACGUUAAGCAGUUCUCCAAGGUCAUGUAGGGGGACACAUAUGCCAACAUACUGUAAUUGUUGUUAAGGGUUGUCUUAGUCAUCUAGUGUUAGUCAUCUAGUGCUGCUGUAACAGAAAUACCACAAGAGGGUGGCUUUAACAAACAGAAACUUAUCUUCUCACAGUCUAGCAGGUUACAAGUCCAAAUUCAGGGCAUCGGGUCCAGAGGAAGGCUUUCUCUCUCUCUGGGCUUUGGAGGGAGAUUCCUUGUCAUCAAUCUUCCCUGGUUGAGGAGCUUCUCAGGCACAGGGUGCUGCUUUCUUGGUGGUAUGAGGUCCCCAACUUCCUGCUUGUUUCACUUUCCUUGUAUCUCUUGAGAGAGAAAAGGUGGUACAGGCAACACCCCAGGGAAACUCCCUUUACCUUGGAUCAGGGAGGUGACCUGAGUAAGGGUGGUGUUACAAUCCUACCCUAAUCCUCUUAAAAUUACAGUCACAAAAAUGGAGGACAACCACACAAUACUGGGAAUCAUGGCCUAACCAAUUUGAUACAUAUUUUUGGGGGGGCGCAAUUCAAUCCAUGAAAAGGGUUAUGUGUGACAUAUGAGUACAGCGGGAGACACAUACAAAAUCUUUUAUUACUGCAAGGUUGAAAUAGCAAAGAACAAAAACUUUCUGUGUCC